UCCUGUCAUAUAUUCGUGCCAUUGAAUAUAUACACAAUGGCCAAAUGCCUUAGCUUCACAGCAUCAAGAGAUCGUUUCUACCGAUACUUUUUCUCCUUUUCUGGGCUACGUUCUGUAACAACAGAUCUUGAAGAUGGAAGCACCAUGCAUUGUUGGAUACCUAAAGUUCAUGAACAAACAAAACCUAACCUCUUUCUUGUGCAUGGAUUUGGUGCCAAUGCAAUGUGGCAAUAUAGUGAUCUCCUAAGACAUUUUACUCCCCAUUUUAAUGUCUACCUUCCUGAUCUCCUCUUCUUCGGUGAGUCCGCCACGACGCGCCCGGAGAGGACCGAGAGUUUUCAGGCGAAAUGUGUCAAGAAGUUGAUGGAGGUGCACGGUGUGCUUAGGACGAGCCUUGUGGGGAUUAGUUAUGGAGGGUUUGUUGGUUAUAGCCUUGCAGCUCAAUAUCCUGAGGCAGUGGAAAGGUUGGUGUUGUGUUGUGCAGGUGUUUGCUUAGAGGAGAAAGAUAUGAAAGAUGGCUUGUUUCAGGUCUCUGAUUUGGAUGAAGCUGCUAGCAUUUUAUUGCCACAGACACCUGAAAAGCUAAGGGAAUUGAUGCGUUUCUCGUUUUUUAAGCCUGUCAAAGUGAUGCCCUCCUACUUCCUUUCGGAUUUUAUUGACGUGAUGUGCACCGAUUAUGUGAACGAGAAAAGAGAACUCAUCCAAAAUUUACUCAAAGAUAGACGACUUUCUAAUCUUCCUAAGAUUUCCCAGUCCACAUUAAUUAUUUGGGGAGAACAAGACAGGAUAUUCCCAUUAGAACUGGGGUAUAGACUGCAGAGGCAUAUUGAAGGGAAUGCUCAGUUAGUAGUUAUCAGAAAUGCGGGACAUGCAGUCAACUUGGAGAAACCAAAGGAGUUUGCUAAACAGUUGAAGGCAUUUCUUGUUGAUAAUUGUUAAAACAUCUCCAUCUGAUUAAUUUGGACAACAAUUCUGCAGCUAGCGGCGAACUCAGGAUUCAGACACUGUGGGUUCUGAGUUGAGAGAUUGAAUUCUAAAAUGUAUAGUUAAGUUUAUGUACGCUUUGUUUUUGCACAUAUAUGUCUAAUUCAACCCCCUAAUACUAGGUUUUGCCUAACCAGAGAACCCAUUGUUGAAUCCGCCAUUGUCUGCAACUGCCGGAUAAUCAUCAGAAAUUUUAAAGGAGAGAUAGAAAAGAAAAAGGUCGAUGUAAGAGAAAGUUGGGAUUGAUGUGCAUUGUAGAAUUUUCACUUAAUUGAACUGUACAUUUGUGCCAUAAAAUUCUUUGCUUUGUAAUUUCACCUGGUGUCAGCAAGAAGUUCCAAAUUGUUUUUAU